AUGUCCUAUCUAGCCAAUGUAAUUGCGCCUUUUGAUGGAACAGUUACUGUCAGUUCAACAAUACCUCCUGUCCAGGCAAACUACACUACCAUUCGAAACUGGGCUGAGAAGAUAUUGCUGGAAGUUGAGACAAAUAAUAGAACUGCUUACCAGAAUUAUGCAAAUAUCAUGUCCCUCUAUGAUCAGGUAGGUUCAAGUUUGAUAAAAUUUGUGUUUUCCAAAAUUGUACAACAUGAUGGUGGUGGUGGCAGUGAUGAUGGUGGUGAUCAUGAUGAUGAUUGUGGUGGUGAUGGUGACAGUGAUGAUGGUACCAGUGAUAAUAGUUGUGGUGAUGAUGGUGGUGAUAAUGAUGUUUGUGGUUGUGGUGGUGAUGAUGGUGGCAGUGAAAAUGAUAGUGGUGAUGAUGGUGAUGGUUGUUGUGGUGGUGAUGGUGACAGUGACAGUGGUUAUGAUAGUGAUGGUCGUGGAGAUGGUGGUUGUGAUGAGGGCAAUGGUAGUGGAUACUAUAGUGAUGGUUGUGAUGAUGUAAUGAUGAUGAUAAUGGUAUAGUGCUGAUAAUGGUUGGUUGCGAUUAUGCUGAUGUUGUUCCCUCCACCGUAAUUGACAUACUGUGCACUGCAAACUAAGCAACUCAAAAUUGUGAGGUAAAACUUUACUAAAAUAUUACGAACGUGUUUAAUUCUCAGAUCAAGGAAUACAAUUCAAGUGGUGAACGGGCUGUUGAACAAGUGAAGCAAUCUAUGAGACGUCUGGACAACAUCACAGCAAAAAUAAACGAAGCGAACUCCAUAUUAAGUCAAGACUUUUAUAACAAUGUCAGGGACAAUGAUCAAACACUUGAGCUGCUCAGUAAG